AUGGCGCCCAGACGUGACCUUCUUUCGCCGCGCGAUUACGAUGACGACGCCGAGUCGUUGCGGUCUCCGCUGUCAGAGCAGGACUCUGAUAGCGAGGACGACGAAUUCCUCGCCCAGUCCCGCACCACUCUAGAGCUUUCCCAGCAUGACCGCGCCGUUCUCGAAGACGAAGAGGAGACCGAAAAGCUACUCACCAGGUCUGGUCCGACUCACGAUAUCCGUCGAAUCUUCAGCCCCAACCGGAGUAAUAUCAGAAUCGGGAGAAAGGAAGAAGCCCGACGGCAACGAAGGAAGGAGAAGAGAGCUGCAAGGAAAGCACUCCGUGAGAAACGCCACGGUUAUGGCGACGAGGAAAUGUAUGAGAUGGAAGAAGGACACCCGGGAGAUGACAGUUCCCUUUUGGGUAGCUCUUCAUCCGAGCUAGAUGAACGGAUUCAAGAGAGGUAUGCGGAUACUCAGGACGGCCAGACCGUCUCCUGGCGGAAACUUACUCUCGUCUUCUCCGCUAUCUUCGUCCUGUUUCUCAUUCUCCUUCUCGGGGCGUACAAAGCUUCCGCCGGUUUCCGCGAAUCUCACUCUUCGAAACCUUUACUUUCCAACGGAACCGCUCUGUUUGCGCCUACGACUAUCUUGAUAUCGCUUGAUGGAUUCCGGGCCGAUUUUCUCAAUCGCGGGUUGACCCCUACACUCAACGCCUUUGUCGCAGAGGGUGUCUCCCCGCGCUAUAUGCUCCCCAGCUUCCCUAGUGUGACAUUCCCGAAUCAUUUCACCCUCGUUACUGGGUUAUAUCCGGAGAGCCAUGGAAUCGUUGGGAACACGUUCUGGGACCCAGAACUACAGGAGCAGUUUUACUAUACCCACCCGUCCGUUAGCAUGCAGUCGAAGUGGUGGAACGCGGAGCCGCUUUGGAUGACCGCCGAAAAUCAGAAUGUGAAAAGUGCUAUCCACAUGUGGCCUGGCUCCGAGGCGCAUAUUGGAGAUCUAGAGCCAACGUAUCUCGAUAAAUACAAUGGCUCAGAGGCACUCUCCCGGAAGACACAGCGCAUCCUCGAGCUACUCGACCUACCUGGGCUCGAGCAAGAGUCGCCAUCCGGCCCCGAACGACCGCAGUUUAUUGCUGCGUAUGUUCCAAAUGUGGACGCUGAUGGCCACAAAUAUGGACCAAAUAGCACCGAGAUUCGAGGCACCAUUUCAGAAGCAGACAAAAUGCUGGGAAAUCUCUUCUCUGGUCUUCAGGAGCGAAACCUCACCGAUCUCGUGAACAUUGUUGUUGUGUCAGACCAUGGUAUGGCCACAACUUCCACCGAGCGACUUGUCCAACUCGACAAUUUGAUUGACUUGAGCUUGACGAGCCAUAUCGACGGUUGGCCAUUGCGCGGAAUUCGGCCCAAGCGCCCUGAGGAUCUCAAGACUAUACAGGACCAGCUAGAGCUUGUUGCAUCCGAAUAUUCAGAUGCGGUUGAGAUAUACACCCGCGAGGACAUGCCAGAGCGGUACCAUUUCAAGAACAAUGAUCGUAUCGCCCCCCUAUGGGUGAUACCUAAGACAGGCUGGGCCAUCGUUGAGCGACCCGAUUUCGAUGCCCAGGCAGCACUUGAGAAAGGCGAAGUCUACCACCCAAAAGGGGUUCACGGGUAUGACCAUGAGCAUCCGCUGAUGCGUGCGAUUUUCAUUGCACGAGGCCCUGCGUUCCCGCAUGCUGCCAACAGCCGGGUUGAUGUUUUCCAAAACAUCAAUGUUUACAACAUCCUGUGCGACUCACUCGGGAUUGAUCCGCACCCAAACAACGGGACAUUGCGCCUUCCAUUGAAGACGAGCGGCCUUCACUCGGAUGAGGAUGCACCUGCGUUGGACAAUCCGUCCGACCCCCCGAUCACACAGAGUGUUGCAAGUGACGCAACUACUUCUCCUACCUCUACCUCUACCAUUUCCGCCCCAUCCCAGUCUGCGUCAGCCUCACCCAGCGCUAAACCCGAAGAAGACGCCGGCGAUGAGCAAGGCACAAGCUGGUGGGGAACUGUCUGGGACGAAGUCGAGGAUAAAGUGGAGGACCUGACGGACUGGGCGACCGAUUUAUUCGAGGAUGUCAAAGACAACUUCUCAUAA